GACUUCGCCGUUCCUUUUCUGGAAAGGUUUUGUUGAAUAUAGAUCCAUUGAUAUGAUAUGUCUGACUUUGGUAAGAUUUGGAAUAUGAGAUAGAAAAUGGAGAAGCCGAGAUUAUCGCAAAUGUAGGAUUGAGACAUGUCUCCAUAUUCAACAAAAUUCUGUCGAUAUAAAGAUACAGCUGAUAUAAAGUGCUGCUCUACCUCAAAGCUAAUCUUUGAAUUGCUACAUUCAGCUCUUUCACGCACUUCAUUUCUUCUAUCUUCGUUUUCUUCAUCCCCAUCUGCAAAGAAUUGCCCCAUCAUGUCGGAGAUUACACCAGAACUCAAAACCUACCAUGGAAACUGCCAUUGCGGUGCAUUCAAAUUCACAAUCAAGAUGCCUGAAAUAACAACUGUUACGCAAUGCAACUGCAGCAUCUGCUUCAAAAAGGGAUAUCGGUGGGUAUUUCCUGGCGAGGGUUGUUUCGAGAUUACCAAGGGAGAGGGGGCUUUGAAAGAUUAUCAUUUCGGACAACGUACAAUGGCUCAUAGGUUUUGUCCAACAUGUGGAUCGAAUAUACAAGGAUUCCGCUACAACACUCCAGCGGGAAGAGACAUUGGUAUCAAUGUCAAUUCUCUCCAAGAUGUAGAUCAAUGGUCCUUGAAAGUGAAUAAAUAUGAUGGCCUUGAUCGUGAACCACAAUAUGUUGCGCUCACAUACACUGCUGAAUUGCCACCAGCCAAGUUCGAGAACGAAACGCUUUAUACAGGUGGUUGUCAUUGUGGUGCAGUAACGAUUGCAUUCAAGACUCAAGCUCCCUUGCCCAAGCGUCAUGAACAUAUACAAGACUGUAACUGCAGCAUCUGUUGUCGGCUCGGCAUCACUAUCUGUUACCCCAAGAGAGACCAAGUAUCUGUCUCGGGCAUAUCGAACUUGACGGAAUAUUCAUUUGGUCAAGCUUACAACAUAUUUCGGUUCUGCUCAACUUGCGGUAUUACUGUCGAUGUCGAAAAAGACAUGAAUGCAGUAUCCAAAUCUCCCAAGACUUGGGAAUCGUUGACACCAGCACAGCGGGAAAGAUGGCCAACUAUUCACUCGAUUAAUCUAAGGUGCUUUGAGGGAAUUGAGUGGGACGAUAUUAGUAUCUAUAAGGCAAACACUAGAGCGAUAGAUCCGCAAUAUGUUGUUCCGGAAUAAUCGAUGUCUGCUCAUCACGAAUAGGGAAGAGGAGGCUGGGGAACGCAUUCGGUUGGACUGAGGAAGGGAAUCGGAGGGGUUCGACUGGAUUCAAAUCAUACUGCUAUGUCUCCUCACGUUACUGUCAUAUUGAUCUCUGAAUAUCAUCAUGUAUUCACUAGACAUAUCCUGUCCUCAAUCUCGUCUUAUCAUGGCGAAUUCCCAUGGUUGUCGUACCAGAGAAUUGCAUCUUCACA